UGCCUGCGCUCUAGAUACUCAACACCUGCUCACUGUGGGAAUCUACUAACAGGCUUUACUACCCACCAAUGGUUGUUCAAGUGAAACCACGCAUUCGCUACAGCAGCAAAACCAUGGAGGGCAACCACCAGAAAGUGGAGGUCAACAUUGUGUUACUUGGAGCUGAGAACGUUGGAAAGUCUGCUCUCACCGUGCGCUUUCUAACCAGGCGCUUCAUAGGAGAAUAUGGAGACAUAGAAUCAAUAUACAGCCAUACUGACAAGAUCGACGGGCGUGAUAUUUGUUUCAACAUAUGGGACUCACUUUGCCCGCAGAAUGGAGAGGAGUCAGGAUAUAUCAACGCCAGACAGCUGCAUUGGGCGGACGGUUAUAUCCUUGUUUACAGCAUCUGUGACCGUGCCAGCUUCAAUGUGGUUCGGCAACAAGUGCAGUGUAUACGACAAGCCAAGCAAAAACUGGCCAGCACAGCUCCGAUCAUCAUUGUGGGGAAUAAGAGAGACCUCCAGCACAGACGUACAGUGUCUAGUGAAGAGGGGCGGCUGCUGGCGCUCUCGACGGACUGUGGGUUUUUUGAGGUGUCUGCUGCAGAGACCUACCACGGUGUGCUGAUGGUGUUUCACGAACUGUUUGAGCUCAUCCGAGAGGCUAGGGCUCUCAAAAAGGGCCCCGCAGGGUUCAAAGGAAUCAUGAGGAGCAUGUCGGCAGUAUUUGGAAGAAAGCGGACUGAAUAGUUUCCCCUCAAAGCAGUGGAAGAAUCCGGGUUAAGCCCUUUUAUGGAAUCCAUAUUGGAACAAAGACUGACUAUUAAUCUAAACUGGAUUUUUGCAAAUUGACAGUCUUCUAGGGUUGUUCACAAAGUUCCGUCUGUACUGUUUUUUUUUUUUUCCUGGACUGACAUCUUUGGCCAUUGCAUUGCUGUUUUCUGGCAUCUCGCACCAUGAGCAUCACUAAGUCGCCGGUCAAAAGUAGUUCAUCUUCAUCUCCCAGAUCCAUUUUUCCUUCUGUUUUGGAAUGCAGAAACAUGUUCUG